AUGACGACGAUGCAAAAGGUGGACGCGACGCUCGCGCGGUUUGACCGUAAGUCGCCGCGCGCAGCGUACGCGCAGAUCUGCGACGAGCUGGGCAUCCGCCGCCAGAAGAGCGUCGCCGCGCUGCUCAGCGACGCGCCGCGCGACUGGGAGAAGCACCGCGUAUUCGACUGCAACAAGUUCGUGCUGGGGCCGAAGGGCUGCAUGGCGUUGGUGCCGCUGCUGCUGUGCAGCCGCUCGCUGCGCCGCGUCAGUCUCUGCGGCUGCCAGAUCACGGACGAGUUCGUCGCAGAGUUGGCGGAGACGCUGCAAGACCACCAGUCGAUCCGCAGCGUCGAUGUGAGCGACAACCCGCUCGUGACGGUGUACAGCGCUGACCCCAUCAUCAAGCUGCUGCGCGCCAACAAGAACGUCGUGCGCUUCUCCGUCGAGGGCACCCACAUCGGCACCAACGUGGCGAACAUCAUCAACGACCUGUGCGACCGCAACCACAGCGAGGUGGCGCAUUACUUCUGCGACGACUACUUCCGCAUGAAGAAUAUCUUCAACUACCUCGACGGCGACGGCUCGGGAUGGGUGCCGCUCCGCAGCCUCGUGCUCAACGCGCCCUACCCAGUGCUGCAGGAGCAGCUUAUCGAGCGCAUAGCGCAGAAGCGNCCGCGCAAGCGCUCCGAUAACACCAUCUCCGUCAACACCUUCCUCGAGCUCGUGUACUUCAACUACAAGUCGGAGGUAGAGAUCGCGAGGCGCGCCAAGGAGGUGGACAACGAAUACAACAACAUCAUCAUCAACUGGAAGCGCCUGCUUGAGAUGAUGAAGGGCGACGAAAACACCGGAGAGGCAAAGCCGGAGGGGGAAAAUAAAAACAGCAACGACGAGGCGGCCUCUGAAAUCGCGCCGCUGCCGGUUUUGCCGCCUGCAGACCUGCACCGCCUGCGCAUCCGCGGCCAGACGCUCAGCCUCGCCGAGGCACGCGAUAUUGUGGAAACCGCAAUGAAGCUGCAGAUCGAUGCCGACGCCCGCAGCCUCCCCGAGGACGCGGAGCAGGCGGAUGGGCAGCAGCAGCAGGAAGAUGGACAGCAGGAGCCGCGUGUCGUGCAGCUCACGCUGCCGUGCCUGCGGCGCGCGUACCGCACCGUGUCGCAGCCGCCGCCGCUGCCCAACCGCUUCCUCUUCCUGCAGGAGCACGAGGAGGACUACAUCCCCGCCAUGAUGCGUGCCGGCUCGCGCCUCAUCAGCAUCUCGAAGCUUUCGUUCCUCGACAGCUUCCGCUCAUCCGGCGGCGGCAGCGUCGCGUCGGGCGCCGACGAGACAGAUUACAACGACGAGGAGACGCGCGUGCGCUGGUGGGCGCUGCCGCCGGCGAUGGUGAGCCUCGUCACGAAGUUCUUCAACAAGCAGCACGCGAAGCUGCCCAAGAAGCGGCAGUCGACGCUCGUCAUCUCGCCGCGCACGCAGCGCGACAACGCGAUGGAGAAGGCGACGAUCCCCAUCGCCACUUUCCUCGCAGGGGAGUUCCGCACUGAGCUUGAGACGCUGCGCCCGCGCCUCCUCGCCGACAAGUUCAUGCAGUACAGCAUCCCCAUCGACGUCUCCACCAUCACGCUGCAGGAGAUGGUGAACUGCCUCAAUGAGUACUACGUGGAGACACGCGUGGACAAGGCGUUGACGGUGCAACAGAUACGUGCGAUGACGAUGCCGGAUCCGGACCCGCCCAAGGCGCCCGCCGUCGAAUUGGCGUCGUCGGCAUUCGAAGAGAUGUAA